AUGACGGUCUCCAAGAGCUAUACGCAGUCACGCAAGAUUAAAAUACAAUGGCCUCAGCUAGACACCACAGUUACCGCAGUGCUGGACGAUCAAUUAAACCCCCGUCUCGUGGAUCUGCUCUUCGAGCAUUUACCGUAUCGCUCUCUUCAGAACCAUGCCUUGGUCUCUGGCAACCACCUAUACCACCUUGUACCAUCCGAACGACUUAUCUACACCAAGGCAGAUUAUAAGGUUCCAGACCGGACCACGGAGCCGGAUGGGACUUUAUUCCUUUCCGGUUUGCAGCACCUGGCUGUCAAGUAUGGCCCUCUGUCAGAAUAUUUGCCAGCCGCGCCUUGUGGCCACAUCGUCCCCGAGGACAUGAGCCGCCUACGAGAAGUCGGGAACUCGGUGUGGAAAGCUUGUAAAGACUCAAAACAGGUGAUUGAGGUUGUCGUGUGGGACGCCUCACAGCCCCAACCGACAGAUCCCAUUCCCUUGGCUACCGAAAGGACGGGUUCUUCCGCGGAAGUAAAAGAGCUAGUUGAGGAAAUCCAUGCCGAGACCAAAAAGUCAUGGUCUGGAAUAUCGGACGACCUUCUUAAGGUACAUCAGGGCCGGGGACCUUCAGGCGCGGGCUCUAAGGAGUCUUACUUUGCCACUAUGUUGUUCAUUAACGGCGAAAUCCGGCCGCUUGGCUAUAACGUGUUGAACAAUAUACUCAAAAUUGCAGCAACACAGCCGCAGUUCGAUCUACAGCACCUCGUAACCCUCUACGAUAUUUUCGUCUCCGUACCAUCCGAGUUUGUUGGAUACGCCGGCGCAACGUUCCUUUACGCAACGUUUCGGAAGGUCGCCAGGCUCAUAGAAACAAGGGUCCUAGCUAAUAGCGACCUAGAAGAGGCUCGCGAGGAUUUCCUAGCCAUGGUCAGUGCUUUUGCUCGCUAUGUCAAUCUGCUAAACGCCCAAAAUCUGCAUUUAUUUCCCUGGAAACACACCAAGGAAUAUCCCUUGCUUCCAGAGUCUCAGCGGGUUUAA